AUGAGGUUGAGGACGGCUGCCAAAAAGGAGUUCGAGAAGGACUUCUACAAGCUUAUGAAUUUAAGCGUGUUUGGUAUCACCAUGGAAAACAUAAGGAACUACAGCAACAUUCAGCUGGUCACCAACGAGGACAAGUACAUGAAGCUUGUCAUGAAGCCGAAUUUCAAGGGCGUAAGCCGGUUUAGCAAACACCUAGUAGGUAUAGAGAUGGGUAAAACAGAGGUCAAGAUGAAUAAGCCUGUGUAUAUAGGACAGGCCAUCUUGUCAAAAAUGGUAAUGUACGAGUUCCACUACGAUUUCAUGCAGCCAAAAUAUGGUUCUAAAAUACAGCUCUGCUACAUGGACACGGACAGCUUCGUUGACCAUAUACGAACGGAGGACUUUCAUAGGGAUAUCGCAAAGGACGUUGAAACACGCUUUGACACAAGUGCCUAUAAUCCAGAUGAUGGGAGGCCUCUCCCUAUAGGGAAGAACAAGAAGGUUGUAGGCCUCAUGAAGGACGAAUUAAGUGGGAAGGUUAUGACCGAUUUCAUCACCCUAAGGUCAAAACUCUAUGCUUACGAGAGCCUUGCCAAAGAGGGAGGCGAUCGCAAAGCAUGGGGUGAAGCAUGGGCGCAAGGGGUGAAGAGGUGUGUAACCAAAAAAUCUAUCACCUUUGACGGCUAUCGGCGGUGUCUGGAUGAGGUCGUUGACAUCUACAAGAGCCAAGUGCUGAUUUAA